AUGAUCUGUGGACAACAAUCUUCUGAAUACCUUUCACUAAUUAUUUUGUUUUUGUUUCAGGAGCUCCUCAUUUCCCGCCUGCAACGCGAAAAAUGCGAUCAGCUCAAAGCCCUCAGUUCCAAGCUGCUCCUCUUUGAGUCGCGACUGAUCCGAAAACAGAAAGACAUCUCCACAAUGCUCAACAUCCGAGAAAACAUCAUCAGCAGACAGCAAAGAAUAAUCGAAACGCUCUCAAACAGACUCAGCGAUAACGGCCUAGAAAUUCCUCAGUUAGAAAUCAGCGAAUUGGAAACGAACUUGCCAGAUUUAGAUUCCCUAAAUGACUCAGAUAGCGCGGUAGUCCUAGAAGACGUAGACUCCGAUAGCACGUACCAUGUUCCCAAGUUCCGAACAAACACAGACGGUGUGACCGUCAUGCGGUCCAUAUCUGACGCCAUCGACCCGAACUUGAAAUACACCUCGGUGAGAAGAAACAAUGGUUUUCUACGCAGACCGGAGAUCCUGGAAACAGUCUACAGCGUGGAAGAAGAUGCAGACAACGAUAUAGACAGUAAGACUGAGGCAAACAGAAAACGGGAGUCUUUCGCCAAUCGAGGUAAAUCAAACUGUAACGUCGAAAGCGGAAGCAUAAGAGAAAAAUCACUCGAAGAGAAAAUAGCUGAGCUUCCCAGUUGGCCCUAUACCAACGGUGAAAAGAAUAUCGAAGAACCCACUGAGGAAAGUCCGAAAAACCAGGUAAAAACUUACAACCGGGUUAUGUCAAAUCACAGAUCCGUGACGAAACCAAAAGACGUGAAAUACAAGAGAAUAAACAAGGCCAAAUCGAAGAGUCUAGAAGAGUUGAGGGGAAGACUGAAGAAUUGGGUAGAACAAGGAAAUAAGUUGAAUGGACUCUCGCUGGAACACAGUCAGAGUUAUGCCUAAUAUUCGAUGAAUUCCAGAUUUGAGCUGUACUGCAAAAUGUGUACUUUGAUUAUUUUCGCAUCACUAAUAUUUUGGUUAUUUGUGGCUGUUCAAUUUUUUGAUGUUUGAUGGAAAAUUUUCUUUUUCUCCGAUUCGCAAAACAAUGCUAACUGGCAACUGCAAAAUUUGUUUUUAAUGUCGGCCUUUUAAGACUAAUUCAACCUUAAGAGUUCCAUCUGCUGAUGAAGUUGCACCCAGCAAUAUUUUUUACUGGACCUUCAUAUUAUACUGGAAAGCAACCCCUAAAAGUCAUAAUAAAUCCGAGAAAAAGCUGUUUUAGUCAAUGUCAAAAUACCUCAAGUUGGAAUAUUUGGAAUACCAAUAGUUGGAAUAUUUAAAAAUUCUUACUUAUUACACACUAAAUCAUGAAACGAA